UGUUUGGGGGAGAGGCGGGAAGGUGGGGCAAAGGAGGAGGGCAGGUGAUAUUUAAACCACCUGGCUAGCUGUCUCCCAUCCGUCCCCGCGUUGGCUCCAUUCUCUUGCAUCUCUUCAAAGACAGGAAGCCCUCCAUCAGCACUCAGUCUCUCCACGAAUCCAGCACAAGAAGUUCCAAGAUGCCGGACACAAUCAUGUCCAAGGAUCCCUCUUCCGACCUGGAGAGCGCCAUGCAGAUGCUGAUUAAGACCUUCCACAAGUACUCAGGAAAAGAAGGGGACAAGUACACGCUGAGCCGGGGUGAGCUGAAGGACCUGCUGUUAGAGGAGCUGGGAAAUUACUUAGGGAACUCUAAAGAUAACGAAGGAGUGGAGAAGGUGAUGAACGACUUGGACGCCAACAAUGACGGGGAGGUGGACUUCACCGAGUUCAUCAUACUGAUGGGCGCCCUAACAGUCGCCUGCAACGACUUCUUCCAGGAGUUCAAGCCAGAUGAAAAAGCAAAUAACAGAAGCAAAGGCGAGGGGGCGGAGAAGAAUUGAAUCGGUGAAGAAAGUAGGAGGGAGAGGUGCAAAGGGGGAGAGGAGGAGGAGACAGAACAAUGUAUCUCUGCACACCGAGAUACAUUUUUCUUGUAUGCUGUUUCUAAACAAUACAACUACAUACAUGAACAUGUGAAUGAGGGGAUUGUGGCAUCGCAGAAUACUUCCGCAACUAUUUUCCAGACAGUAGCUUAUCCAGAAGUACUUGCCCUGUUCUGAAAACAGAGUGUGACUUCAUAUACAGGGUGUAUUUUCCAUUUAAAGGGGUCAUAUUAUGCUAAAUCUAGCUUUAUCUGUCCUUUCCAGCUAAAGAUAGUUGGAGGUUUGUGCGCGACAUCUGCAAAGGCCCACCCUUAUGGUGUUUCAUUUUAUGGACUUGUGCUAUUAUAGGCAAAUCUUUGGUCAGAAACAGCUCAUUCUAGGCUCGUGUUACAUAUGUAAUGGAAACGUCUCUCUGAGACACAUCCAAAAGGAAGAAUGAGAUGCCUCUCAGGCAAAUGAGGGGGUGUGGCUAAGAGCAGGUCAUUUCUCUUUAAAGCAACAGGCACAGAAUAAUUAUUUAUUUAUUUUCCCAAAAAGUGCAUCACCAGUGGUAGGCACAGCCAACAGAAAAAUUAGUUGUAUAUCACGCUAAACUGCUAAAACAUUUAGCUGAAGCAACUGCUAACCCUUAAGUUUUAUUAUAUGAAUUUAGCUUUGGCGUGGUGUUGUUGUUUUCUUUAAAACCCAGAAAAAUGCCACUAAAGAGCUGAAAUUUUAACAUGUAAUUUGAACAUGAAAAUUCCGUAAAAGGUUUAGCAUGCCAAGAUCUGGUUAUAAUCAAUAUGUGCAUAAAUCAAAAGAACAAAUGAAACUGGCCAGCAGUUUACAUUCAGCAUGGAGUUUAUUCUCAAUAUAGAAGGUACAAUAUAUGAAUAAGAAAUUUUAAAAAUACAUGUGGGAAAUAAUUUUAAUAAUAUAAUUUGUUUACACGGGCUUGUCUUGAUUUCAUGUUUUUUUGUCUUUACACCAUGUGUCUAUUUAUCUUACUGAAUAUGUGUAUUUAAGCUCAAACAAAAAAAGUGUGAUUUUUGCAUUUCGACAAAGUUUUUUUUUUUAAAGUAACCUUUAUUCAAAAAGUGUCAGCUGACUUAAAGUUAGCAAAACAAAAUUUUGUGUAAGCUAACUGGUCCACUAAUGGUGUUCAGAGUUAGCUGAAAAGCUAAUCCACUUGUGGAAAAAGUUAACUUCUCUAGUUAGCUGUUAGCUGAUUAGCCGAGCCGUGCUCACCACUGUGCGUCACUUCUGUGUCUCCAAAUGUUGUUUGGACACAAACUUUAAUAUCUGUUUUCAAAACACACAGUGACCUAUGUUAGCUUGCAAAAGGUAGCUAAUCUGACCCCUUUAACCUUCUUUAGGCUAAAACUCAGCCAUUUUGACAGUUUCUUUUAAAUUUCUGAGAAAAGAGGCUGUGAAGUUUGAUUAUAUAUUAACAUUAUCACAAAAUGCUGUGUACUCUGUAGGAUGUGGUUGUGGUAUGUCCCUAUUCUUGCACC